AUGGGCCUGGCGCCGCCGGACGCGGGGGAGGCCGAGGCCUUCCGAGAGAACCUGCGGGAGAUGGACCCCUUCCUCGGGCCCUACCCUUACGAGACCCUCAAGAAGUGGGUCUCCCUCACCAGCUUCAUCGGCGAAGCGGCGAUGAAGAAGCUGCAGCCCGAGAGCGGGCAGAUCUGCGCCUUCUCGGAGGGGCUGCCGGGGCAGAUGUACCCCGACGGUGCUACCCCGGAAGAGAUAACCCGGCACAGCAUGGACCUCAGCUACGCCCUGGAGCAGGUGAUGAACCAGCGAUACGCCAGCCAGCCUCUGGAGCUGCUUGCUGAGUUGCAGUUUGCUUUCAUCUGCUUCCUGAUCGGGAAUGUAUACGACGCAUUUGAGCACUGGAAAAGACUCUUAAACAUCCUGUGCCGAUCUGAAGAUGCCAUAGGGAAGUAUCAAGACCUUUACAUCAAUCUGAUUUCUGUGCUAUAUCACCAGCUCAGUGAAAUUCCAGCCGAUUUUUUUGUGGACAUUGUCUCCCAGGACAACUUUUUAACCAGCACCUUACAG